CAGGUAUUCACGUAUUUGGAACGUUCUAUAUUAGAAUGGUCCAUGUGUGCAAAAGAGGCUCAUUGCGUUUCGGGAUGAAUACUGACAACUCUCGUGGAACUCAUAUUUUUAACAUAUGCCGAUACGUGUAAAUGCACCAAAACCCAAGUGUAGUUCACUUGCACUCGAAUAACUUUUGGUAGUUCUGUCAGCAUUUUUGCGGCAUAUAAAUGGAUCUCAACAGUAUACCGUUGUAUGUCGCCUAAACUGUCCACAUUCUAUCUAUACAAGAUGCUAACUCGUUUUACGGUUCCCUCUCGAAACAUAUUUCUAAAAGUAAUAUCGCUAAAAUAGUAAUAAGGUAAAGACGACCACAACUGCCUUAGGCUAAUAAUACAGGCUGCCCACUUAGCUUGCUAGCUAGUUUAUGACUUGGUCGGGUUGUUUACCGAACAAAAAUCACUGGUGGACUUAAAUGUUUAAACCUGAGAGUAAUAUUCGUGGAUAGGAAAUAUACUUUUUCUAGCCAAGCCUGUGUUAGAUAUAGCUGUGGGCGAGGUAUUACAUUUUAAAGCUUGUUUUAGUGUAUCGUGAGGACUGCAAAGGAGUAUGUUGUACACGUCGGUAUUGUGUUUUUCGAUGCCAUUCUCAAAAAUGUAGUUGGCAUUAACAUUACUAGUCAUUUUUCAUGCAAUAUAAUGGUAAAACGGACUACAGUGCUAUCGUUAUUGUGCUUAACAUAUAUCCUCGUCAAAUACUUCUAUUAACUGGCGCUUUCUUACACAAAUUAGAGCAACUGUCACAUGUUAACGUGUUAAGAGUUGUCAUGCAUAUCGACUCGUGGAACACCGUUUUAUUUCUGCAAUUUAAAACGUGUUUGCCAAUACUGAGGAACUACCCAAAUAUGACUGAGUACUCCAUUUUGACACGUCAUACCUCCGGUUAAAAAUAGGGCCGUGUUCAGCCCUCCAGUUAAAACACACUUACACGGGGUACUCUCUACGCCUAAUAUUUUCAGAUUCUUACAGGUCCAUUUCAGACUGUUUUGAGUUUAUUCCUAUGUUCAUUUGGGUGUUAUUUGGCCACUGCUGCUCUGUUGUCUUAACUCUCUACAUGUACUGUACAAAAAAAUGGCAAAAUAAAUGGAACUCUGAAGGAGGGAGAGGUGACUCCCACUUCCUUUAACCUAGACAGAUCCUCACACCCUGCAAACAGCAAUGGCAACAGACACCUGGUAGAAAUCAAUUUGAAACAGAAGCCUAAUCGACGGGCCUUUGUCACUGACUUAACAGGAGACCGAAAAGUUAGAAAGACUAGCAGAAACAGUAUGGACUUAAAAAAUGACAAGUCCUCAGAUCUGAACACACUUGAGGGCAAAAAAGAGGCUUUAGCUGCUCUGAAUGGUGUGGUGUCGUCACUCAAUUCUGUAUCACUUACCAACGGUUACACCUGCAAACCUGGAGCUGACAACGAUGGCAGUGGCUCAGAGAGUGGAUACACUACUCCAAAAAAGCGCCGGGCCCAAAGAAAUGGCAAAGCUGGGGACAAUGUGACUGCUUCUACCCAGGGAAAAGCCAUGCAGCAGGGCAUCAAACAAGAUCAUGGGCCUGCGCCACCAGACUCUGCCGGUAGAGAGACAGGUCCUCAGGUGGAAGGUGGCAGAGCCAGUUCAAAAGAAGGCAAUCCAGGUUGCUAUUCAAAAGCCAAGGAACUACCUGCAUCUUCCACCCCACCUCCUCUGCCAGUGGCUGGGCUUCAACGUAAGAACUCUGACAGCAAAUCAGCUGGCAAAAAGUUUGAGGAACGUUCCAGCAAGGUUAAGGUGGCUGCAUCCACCAAAGAGGACUCCUGGACCUUGUUCAAGCCUCCUCCUGUCUUUCCUGUGGACAAUAGUAGCGCUAAGAUUGUGCCUAAGAUCAGUUAUGCAAGCAAAGUGAAGGAGAACCUCAAUAAGACCCAAGCUGGCGGGGAGUCUCUCAAUCCAGAUCCCCAGUUGUCUGUGAGACCUCCACAGGUCCCGAUGUCUGCAGUGAAAACCAUCACCUCAGCUAGCUUUACAAAUGGUCCCCUGAUGGGGGAUGGGAAUGGCUGUCCCCUGCCUGGACUCCAUUUCAGCUCAACAGCAAGCACUGGUCCUCUUCUGGUGCCCCCAGCUGUUGCUACUGAUAAUGUAGCAUCUCCCGCUGGCAGUGGCACUACAGCAAUUGGAAGUUCCACCAACUCUUUGGCUGAGCCUAGGAAGUCCAGUCUGUUUGUUUACCCCGUUAACCCCUCCAAUAUGCAACUUUCACUCCCAAGUGGUCGCCAAGCCGAUCCUCCUGCUGCUUCGACAAAUCAGAAGUCUCUGGGGGACAUUUUUCAGAAUCAGUGGGGCUUGUCCUUUAUCAAUGAGCCGAAUGCUGGACCAGAGGGAGUGGCUUGUCGCUCAAACGGAAAGGACAUGCCGGUGGAAAUUAUCUUUCAGGGAGGCUGUCCUGACACAGUGGCCACUCAAACUUCCUGUACUUCUCAGAGAGUGGAACAGCCACCCUUCCCCAAGGCUCACAAGCCAGACAAACGGACUAAUGCUCAGAAUCUGAGUAAAGGUGUGAAUAGCGGUGCCCCUAUGGCAAGUGGAUCCGUACCCGAGACUUCUUUCCUCAGCCUGGUUGCCCAGAGAGAUGAGGCGGAGGUUCAUGGUGCAAUAGUGUUUUGUUCUUCCUUUAAGGACAUUUGUGCCGAGCUGCCUCCCACCUCCCCAUCUGCACCUAAGGUGGCUUUGGCCAAGGACCAGGGCCAUACUAAGGGCUUUGACAGGAGGUCUAGUUGGGGGUCGUUUGAUCUAAAAGCUGCUGUAAUUUAUCACACUAAAGAAAUGGAAUAUAUUUUGAAUUUGCAAAAACAAGAUCCAAAUCGAGUUGUCCUCUACAGCGAGUCAUGGGACGGACCUGCUCAGUGAGGCUGUGUCUAGAAACUAUAUCUCAGCUGAACUCUGCUGCAAAAGAUGUGCUUGAGGAACAUGGCUGCUGCCUUUGAACAUCCUGAUUCAGAACUAAUCCAAUCUUAAGAUGGUUAGAAAGGACCUUGUUACCAGUCAGCAGUCAAGGCUACAUGCAAAGGACAAGAAUACGCUUACAAAAACGGGUUAGCUGGUUUUAGAAUAUUAGAAUGGACGUGCCGGAGCUUUUGAACUUAACUAAUGCGGACUAGUGGAUAUGUUGCUGAAGACAAUUCAAAUGAAUUUGGGGACAUGUAACUCAUGUCAAACACUCAUGAUAGCCCUGUCAUGACAUUUGUUUGGGCAGGAACUUCUCCUUUAAGUACUUGUGGACCUAAAGAGAGCUGUCUUCAUCUCCAACCUCCUGGGAAAGAUGAUGUGUCAUACUCAAAAUGGUCUUGUGUGCAUACACAUUGAAAUAAUUUUGGCACAGAACAGAAGGCAUAAACCUCGAGUGUUGCUCUCCAGUGAAAUGACAUACUGUGGCCAGAGGAACUACAUUGCUUUUUUGUCAUUCAAGGGAUUAAAGCUCCAUAUACGUCUGGGGGGGGGGGGGGUUCAAGGCUUUGGUAUUAAUAAUUGUUUUUAAUUUAAUUUCGGGACAAGAUUGGGUCAGUCUUGUUAGUGACGCAUCUUUUUUGUUUUUUCUUUUCAUUUUUAUUGAAAUACUUCAAAACUCCCAGGGCAGGUUAAGAGGUACACUUCGAUUAGGAAACCGUACGCCCUGUAGUAUGCAUGUGCAGUAUGCUGCUCUGUGCAUCCUCUUUUGGAAGAAUUCAAAGUGCUAUCAUUCAGUAGUCUUAUCGUCGUCUCUUCACGCCUCUGUCACCUGACAGCCGUUCCAGUCUCAUUGUGUGAGAGUGUGUAAACAGGACAGAGAGUGUGAUUUAAAAUCUUUUAUCUUGAGUAUUUUAUGUUUUUAAUUUUAAAUAGUAAUAAGAACCCAGAGAACUAAUCGCUAAGGUGUGCCACAAGUUACAGUUGCUUUAGCUACAACGCUAGUAGGUACAUCGCAGAUAUUUUAGUUUCGAGAGGGAUUCUGCUCUUCCUUCAGUUUAGCUUGAUAAAGGUGCUCUUCUAGUUAGGGUUUUAUUUUUGCCCAGAAAGGCAGUAGUAACUACUGGGCUGUGGAGGGGAUUCCUUUUGGACUAACCACAAUUAAGUAGAACCCAGAGAGCAGUUGCUGGUGAAAGAUCCAGCCUUUAUUUUUUACUCCAGAGACCAGAAGUCCUAGCAUCUAUGCUUAGCUUUUUACUGGGCACCACAAUCAUCCAGUCACACUUAAUGGAGUUUGGUUUAUGGAUUGAUUUAUUUUCUUGUAUUUUUUUAUUUUUUUCUCUUGUGCUUUUUUUUUUUACUACCUGGUUUCCAGCAUAUUGGUUAAACGCUUGCUAAAUCACAUGUGAGCCUCAUCAAUAGAACCGUUGUUGACCGGAAUUCUGCCAUCUUGUAUAUGUUCUCUAUCUAAUGUCAGAAAAUGCAUUCUAACCUUAAAGGGAUAGUUCACACAAAAAUGAGAAUUCUCAUGAUUUACUGACUCUCCUUGCAUCUCAGAUGUGUGUGACUUUCUUCUGUAGAUUUUAAGGAAUAUUUCAGCUCUGUAUGUCCUCACAAUGGAAGUGAGGUGGUGGUGCCACAUUUUUAAAGCUCCAAAAUCCACAUAAAGGGAGCAUUAAAGCGAUCCAUACGUCUCCAGUGGUUAAAUCAUUGUGCUCAGACACAAUCUGAUAGGUGUGGUUUAGUCAUUUUUAUCAUAUUCUCAGCCCUUAUGUAGAUUUUGGAGCUUAAAAGUUUUGGCACCCAUUUAAUUGCAUUGUAUGAAACUCCAUAGCUGAGAUAUUCUACUAAAAAUCUUAAUUUGUGUUCAGCAGAAGAAAUUAAAAUCAUACAUAUCUGGGAUGGCAUUAGAUGAUAUGAGAAUUUUCAUUUUUGGGUGAACUAUUCCUUUAUGUCUAUCCUGUUUUGUCAUUUCACAAAUAAUUGAUUUCUACAUAAAAAUCAGUAGCACUUUAUGUUUGUUCUUGAAUUGUAUUUCCUUAAACAUUGGCAUAUCAGUACAUAUUUAACAAUUAAUCAUAGGCUACUAACUUUAACCUCUACCUAAGGACUGCCAGUCCAAAAGAAAAUAAAUAUACAAAACAAAAAAGUGGAGAAAAAAAAAAAGUAAAAACAAAGAAAAUAAAAAGACACUCAGGUAGAAUUAGGGCAGUGUUCUAACAAAAAUGCACCAACAGUGUUAUUGCCAAAAAUGUAAAGAACAUCCCAUGUUUGUACCAGCUGUUUGUUUUUAACCUUUGAGGGAGCUGAAUCAAGUUUUGACUGAAUGCCAAGCUUGCAUAACUUUACAGGCAUCAUUUGGUAUCAAUGUUUUCUGUACAUAACCAUGAGACACUGCCAAGUGAAAAGAUGUAUGCACCCGUGGGAAAACAAACCACACUACGUAUCUGUAUGUCAUUCCCUUGCAAGGUGUGUGUUUUUUUUUUUUUUUUUUUUUUUUUUUGGUUCAGGUUUCAAAAAGUGCAUGCAAAGGUUUCCAGUGUGGUCAAAAUUUGCUUCUAAUGAUGAAACCUGGGAGGUGGUGUUAUAGUUUGGUGCGUCGGUUCAAAAGAUACUUCAAAAGCUUCAGUGUCAUCGGUCUGAUGUAAAAGGAAAAGUUUACCCAAAAGUGAAACUUGUCACCGUUUACUCUUUUCUAUAGAACACACAGAUGCAUGUUAAAAUUAUGUCAGUCUCUGUCUCCAUCACUUUCAUUGCAGCUUUUUUUUUUUUUUUUUCAUACAGUGAAAGUGAAUGGUGACAGACUAACAUGCUGCCUUUCAUUUCAUGUUCCACAGUGUAAAAAAGUCAUACGUGUUUGGAACAAUGAUGACAGUUUUCAUAUUUGGGUGAACUUUCCCUUUAAAACUUUGCUGAAACACAAGUAUGUAAGGUUUUAACAUUUUGCUUCAUCUUCUCUAAUUCCGUUUGGAUUCCACUUAAAGUAGUUUUGUGCAAUGUAGAGAAAUCUGCAAUGAUAAUUUGCUUAUUUCUUGGCUUUUUAGAUGCACAUCUCUUUGUGGCUUCUCUUGAGUUUUUAUUUUAGUUAUCUUAAUUGUCUUUUAAACAGUUCAUAUAGAGCGUGGAUAUAAUUUAAUUAAAACAUUUUAUCCAAGGGAUUUGCUUAAGGCGUUACUGAUGUAGGUAUAAUUUAUAACAAUCUGUUAUUACAUUAAUUUAAUUAUGAAAUACCUCUGUGAAAAUGAUGCAAUGUUCCGGUAUCCCUAUUUCCUUAUCUCUCAGUCAUGACCCAUUGUACACCCUGUCAACAGAACUGUACCAGGGCUUUGUUCAACACUAAACUCCAUGGGUCAGAUGCACAUAUAGAGGUUCUAUGCACAGAAUGCUAAUAGAACUAAGUUUAUAUUUUGGGGGGUUGCACACUAGCUUAAUUUUCCUCAAUUCAAAUAAGCACUUACUACCCCACAAAUUAUAUAAUUGCAAUAUAAAUUAUUUACAUCAAUCUUAAAAUAUAUCAUUCAGCUCCCCUUGUCUAGUAUAUAAAGCAAUGAGAGCACGUACAGGUGAGAGAACAGUAUAGAUUAAAUUAUAUGUUUUAUUGUGGAACCUGUACCAAGAAAAUGCAUUGUUGGUAUAUUCAAAUUUCAUGUGUUUUAUUGACGUGUGAAUGAGGUUUCUUGUCCUGUCCUGACAAUUUAAUACUGUUUUUGCGUGUGGAUGCAUAUGUGUUGUGUGCAUGUGUAUCUGUCUUCAUCCAUACGCUCGAUUAUAUGCAAAGUUAAUAUUGCGAACUUUUCAAGUUCAGGGUGCCUGUGUUAAGUGAUAUAUUAAACGGAAUCACAUCAGAACAUAAAUAACUUGCUUUUCCUUUACCCUUCCACACCCCCCAAUCUUCCCCAACAAUCUUCAGUUGUGCCAUGUUUUGACUGUUAAAAGUUUGAAUUAAUAUUUCAUUUUUAUGUUGCUCUCUCUGAAUUUCCAACAGUGGACAUGAAGAGGGGGUUACAUGCUGUCUCAAGAAUCUUUGUCACUGCUAAUAAACUUGU